UUGAAGGCUGCUCGGGUUUCGUUCACCUCCCCGGCCGCCCUUUUCCAGGUGAAUACAGACACCGCGGCGCAGCGCGCACGUUUCGGGUCCUUGCUGGCAGCCCCGGGGAGGGGCGGGCACGGGCGCCGGGACCCUGCCGCAGCGGCGCCGCCCGCUCCGCCGCGGCUGCGGCACUGCCGGGGCGCUCGCCCGCGCCCGGCGGCGGAGCGGAGCGGAGCGGAGCGGAGGAGCGCAGCCGCCGCCGCCGCCGCAGCCGCUCCUCCCGCGGCAGCCGGGGGCGGGACGCCGCGGCAGCAGCGGCGCUGUCAGCGCCCGAGGGGCUGGGGGCCCUGCCGGCCGCGGGGGGCAGCGGAGCGGAGCGGGGCGGAGCGGGGCCGCCCGCCGCCGGGAGCCGCACCGGGCGGGUGCCGAGCCGAGCCGCAGCAGCAGCAGCAGCGCGGCCGAUCCCCCAGGCGGCAAAACCCAGUUCUUCAGUGUCUGAGGAUGGAUAAAGACUUCCGCUACUACUUCCAGCACCCGUGGUCUCGCUUAGUUGUGGCUUACUUAGUGAUCUUCUUUAACUUCUUAAUAUUUGCUGAGGACCCAGUAUCUCACAGCCAGACAGAAGCCAAUGUCAUUGUUGUUGGUAAUUGUUUCUCCUUUGUAACAAAUAAAUACCCUGAAGGAGGAGGCUGGAGAUUCUUGAAGGUGUUUCUGUGGCUCCUUGCCAUUCUCACAGGACUGAUAGCUGGGAAAUUUCUCUUCCAUCAGCGCUUGUUUGGUCAAUUGCUCCGUCUGAAAAUGUUUCGAGAGGACCAUGGGUCUUGGAUGACGAUGUUCUUCAGUACCAUCCUCUUCCUCUUCAUAUUUUCUCACAUUUAUAACUUGUUCCUCAUUAUGGCAGGGAAUAUGAGUACAUACAUUAUAACAGACUUCAUGGGCAUCAGGAAUGAAAAUUUUAUGAAGGUAGCUGCAGUUGGGACUUGGAUGGGAGAUUUUGUCACAGCGUGGAUGGUCACAGAUAUGAUGCUUCAGGACAAACCCUACCCAGACUGGGGAAAGUCUGCCAGAGCUUUCUGGAAGAAAGGAAACAUUAGGAUCAUUUUAUUCUGGACAGUUCUGUUUACUCUGACCUCUGUAGUUGUGCUUGUCAUCACUACUGACUGGAUCAGCUGGGACAAGCUGAAUCGUGGAUUUCUGCCAAGUGAUGAGGUCUCAAGAGCCUUCUUGGCUUCUUUCAUCCUGGUGUUUGACCUUCUUAUUGUCAUGCAGGACUGGGAAUUUCCACAUUUUAUGGGUGAUGUUGAAGUGAAUCUUCCAGGCUUGCCCUCAGCACACAUGCAAUUCAAAGUACCUUAUUUCCAAAAGAUACUGAAAGAGGAAUAUCACAUACAUAUCACAGGCAAAUGGUUUAACUAUGGAAUUAUCUUCCUUGUUUUAAUCUUGGAUCUGAAUAUGUGGAAGAACCAAAUAUUUUACAAACCUCAUGAAUAUGGUCAAUAUAUCGGUCCUGGACAGAAGAUCUACACAGUGAAGGACUCAGAGAGCUUGAAAGACCUUAACAGAACUAAAUUAUCUUGGGAGUGGAGAUCCAAUAACACCAACCCACUGACGAACCGGACCUAUGCCGAGGGGGACAUGUUCUUGCACAGCAGGUUCACAGGCUCUAGCCUGGAUGUCAAAUGCCUGGCUUUUAUUCCAAGUUUGCUGGCUUUUGCUUUGUUUGGUUUCUUCAUCUGGUUCUUUGGGCGAUUCCAGAAAACUGACCAAGGCAUGGAGAAUUUAGACAAAUCGUACACAAGGAUGAAACGAAAGUCACCGUCAGAUAUGGGAAUGACACGAGAAAAUACACAGGUGUUAGAAGAACCAUUGAAUUUUCAAGAGCCACAUCUGGUAUCCAUAAAAUCAGACUUAAGUGAAAUAGUUUUUAAUUCUUCCCUCCUAACUUCUGAAAACUUGAACGCACAACUGAACGAACAAGACAGCCCUUUACAGCCAGUACCAGAGUCCUCUGUCCCUAAGAAUAAUCCUGUGACAUAGAGGAAAAUACCCAGGAAAAUCAGUUUAAAUAAGCAGUUGCUUUAAGAUUUCAGUUUUACCUUUUGUAAGUUAACAUUUACAUAGUGUUUAGAAUAAGAAAUUUAACCUAUACCAAGAGGUGCUCAGCAUGCUUUUUCUAGGAAUUUUGUUUUUUAUUUGUAUUAUAGUACGUGCCUAUUGUAUAUCUAACAUUCCUUUAUAGAUUGCUUCCCAAAAUUGCACAAGCUAUUUAUUAAUACAUUACCUUAACUGUAUAAUAGUGUAUUAGAUGAUUACUUGCAGGUAAAAAAUUCUACCGUGGUGGUGCCUUGAGACAUUAAACUGUUUUUUAACUCAAUGCCAGGUGUAUAGCACAGUUCUUCUGAUCUGUUUUGCAAAGCUUUUUUGUAUAUGGUUGUUUCAAGUAUCAUUUGAUGUCAGAGGAGAUAAAUAUAGUUAUUCCUAAAGAAGGUUUUCUGUUAGGACAUCACAACUUGACUUUGUUAUUUAUUCAUCUGUGUAGUCAGAUAUUUUGAUGACCAGACUGCAGAGAAGCAUGUUGAUUACCUUUUAAUUUUCCUGGCUAGCUGCCAAACACAAAUACAGAUUUAUUAUACAGUAAACAGCAGAGACAUAAUACAGCAUGGGUCACUAGUUGUGAAAAUAUGAGUUUCUCCAUCAGUAAUAGCAAUUAUGUGAUAAUGCCUAAUUAUGUUUUUCUUAAUUAAAGAUAAACUGCUCCUUGAUUUAAAAUUUUGCCCUUCACCUUGUAGAAACAGAGGUGAAAAUACAUGGUUGAAGCAACUCUUUCCAUCAUCACACCAAUCCCGUGCAACAUCAAAGAGCCAAUGGAGUAAUUAAAGGACAUAAAGCCCAUUAAGUCCAGUAUUUUUGCAAUUCAGUGCAGAUAUGGUCUGGGUACAUGUGAAGCAUGCAUAGGACCAUACUGCUCAUAGUCUAAAUUCUUCAAAUACUGAAGAAAUGUUUAAGGUUUUAAUUAAAAUAAUUUAGAGUUGAAUUUUAUUGCACCUUUUUCUUUCCUUCAUUUGUUAUCCAUGAGUAUUCAUAGCUUGGAAUCAGAAAUAGAAGGAAACUGGGGUGUUUGCUUUUGUGAAGGGGACUUUGUAAUGUGAAUUUCUCUGCUGUAUGAGCAAACUAUAUGCACUGUAGAAAUUGCACAUCUAAAACAUCAGAGUGACUCUGAUUUGCCUCUAAUUUAGUUCUAUAAAAUUGUUGUUACAAGUUACCAAAUAAUAAGUAAUUUUUAAGACUGAAUUAUUUCCCUGUCACUUUCUGGUGUUGCUAUAUUUUGUCUUUGCGACUUUUUUAUCUAUGUUGGUUUUGAUCUAUUUGCUUUUAAGUUUUCAGAAUGCUGAAUUUAGCAUGCAUAAUAUAACUAUGCAUUUAGAACUGUCACUUGAGAGCCAAUUUUAAUAAACAUCAUUCAACAAUUGUUUAUUAUGAGGCAGGAACACAGUUUUGAAAUUUUUCAAAACAUUUUACCCAUGCAUUGCCCUAUUUCAAUUGAUAAAUAUUUCUGACAUUAAAAAAAGAUAGACAGCAUCACAGAGAUAUAAAAAUCUAAUAUUUUCUUUAUUAAAUAUUUAAUAUUUUAGCAGGAAAAAUUAAUUUUAAAAUCAUACUAAUUUUUUUCCAUUAAAAAUUAUGGCUAAACCCAAAUCUAUUUGCUUUUGCCUACUGCAACCUAUAAACUUAUUUAAUUGACUUAUGAUAUAAUCAAAGACAGGCCAUUAAUAAGUAAUGAUAAAACAGCGUGAGAUCCUGCUUGUACUAUAUAAGAGGUGAUAUACUGAUGUUUGACAUUCAAACAGCAUUUGAUUUCUUAAGUAGUUACAGAAAUAGCUGUUUAAUUUUGCAGAUACAUGCUUCUCUGUAUGUUUUGAACACUGUAAACCCAAGUACUGGAAAUCUCUUGUUAACUCAUUUCUCUAUUUGUGCAGAGUCGUAGUUAAAUAUAUUUAUAUGUAUGCAGAAAAUGAAAUAAUUACUUGAGCCUUACAGCCUGCAUGAUUACUUGACUCUGAGGAAACUGUUAUUAAGCAACUGAUUUCACAGCUAAAAUAAUUCCUUGACCUCAUAUUGAGUUAAUGCUUUUAAGGUCAUUAUAAGCUUUCAUGAAAGAGAGAAAAGCAUCAAGUAAUCCUAGAUUUUGCAUGAGUAUCUAAAUUAAUGGUCGAGCAUAGAUAAUGCUUAUGUCAUGAAUUCAUAAGAAGUUUAAAGAUUCAGUGUAACCACUCACCAUGGUCAACUCAUCUAGUUAAUUAACAGAGAAAGGACUUCUCAGUCAUGUUGGAAUCUCAUUUGUAAUCACAGACAUGGAUGGGAGAAGAGAUGUGUAUUUUCAUUCUCCACUUCCAGUGUUAAGCCUGAGUUAGGUGGCUUUCCCCAAGCACCUUCUGAAACAGGCAGAGAACUGGGAGCUGAACACCCUAAAGAUGAUUCAGUACCUAACUCAGUCAUUUAACUCUGCAUUACUGAGCAGUGCAGCCCUUCUGGAACAGGUUUGUGGGGUUGGUGCUGAGGACCCAGUGCCCACAGUUCAUGUAUUGCAGGGGUUUGCAUCAGUUUAGCUCUUGUUUGGUUCUAAUAGAAUGAAUGAAUGACAGUGGCUGGGGUACAUGCAGAAACCACAUAAUCAAAGUUAGAGGAGUAUAAGCAAGCACAAUCACAACUUCACUCCUGAGCUGAGCUCAUUCUCAGUCUUCUUCCCAGAAUGGAAAUACUCCUCCUCCAAGCACAUUCAUUAUUGUUAACUGUUGUUCGCUUUUAACAUUCUGAACACUUCACUAGCUCAAAACAGUCUGAACUGCUUUCUAACCUAGUACCCAUAACUGGGACCUUAAUAUGAAAAUCUGACCUUCUCCUGAAAGCCUAACUAUUGGACAAAUUUUUUAGGCUUCUAUUUCUUUUUCUGAGGAUGUUGAAAAAUCCAUAGGGGGGGAGAAACUUGAGGAAGUGUCAGUUUUUUCCCAAACUACAUGUCUCCAUUCUUCCCUCUAUAAAGAGCCAUCUACUAGCUGCCAUCACUAUGGGGAUGGCUGGUGUCUGCCUUGUCAAAGAUCAGAUUUGCUACAAUACCUCUUUUUUUUACCAUAGAUACAUUGUACAGCGGUGGAUGACAGAAACCCCCUAAUAUAGUAUAUAUAUAGAAUAUACAUCUCUAGGAUAAGCACAUAAGGUUUAUGAGCCCUCAGGUGCCCAUAAAUUGCCUUAGUAUUCUCAACAAUUACCUUUAUUGAGAUGGAAAUGACAUGAAGCAAAUAGAAGGCAAGAAUUUUUGUAGAAAGUACCUUAAAUAUAAUAGUCAUGCUUAUGGAAGUGUAUAGAUAUCUUCCAAAACCACAUAUAUAAAAUGUAGAUAUGUUUUACGUUAGGAGUCCAGGGAUUAGUUGAUUUUGUUGGGAAAACUGCUGAGUUUAUUAAGGCAAUUUACUACUGCCCUUUUCAUGCUACAUUGCUCCAUCAGUUACUUAUUUCAGGUUGUUUCAUCUCCUCUGC